CGGCGUUCCUCGGGAAUGAAAGAAAGUGACAUGUUGGAAGUGGGGGGAGAAAGAGAGAGAGGAAGGGCUGUCCCUUCUCCUGCAGGGCGGGAUCUUUCCUCUUGCUUGAUCUAUGGAGCCCAGCCCCUUAAAUUGGCUCCCGGGAGCGCCCCGGCCACCAGCCCGACGGGGGGAGAGGCGGAAAGCGAGGGAGAAGCAGGCAGGCGGGCGGGCGGCCGGAUCCCCCGUCCCGGCCCGUCGGUGUCGGUCCCGGCCCGUCCGCCCCCCGCGCACCAUGCGCGGCCCCCGGCGCCCCGCGCCCCUCCGGCCCGCCCGCCCCUAACGCCGCCCGGCUCCGGCGCCUUCCCCCGGCCGCGCUCCGGGGGGCGGGGAGGGGGGAGAAGGGGGCGAGAAGGAAGAAAAAAAGUAAGGAUAAAAAACAUAAGGGGGGGCGGGGGCAGGGGGACGAGAGGAAGAAGAAGGAGGAAAAGAAAAGCCAAGGGAAGCGGGGAAGGCUGCUCUCCUCUGAGGACAGCGCGCAGCACCAUGCAGCUGGCGCCGCUGGCGCUGGCACUCACCACGCUCUUCAUCGACGGCUUGAGGAUAGGAGCGAGGAGGCAGAAGCUGCACCCCAGGCAAGCCAAGCUGCUGGAGAAGCUCAGCGAGUACGAGAUCGUGACUCCUACCCGGGUGAAUGAGUUCGGCGAGCCCUUCCCCACCGAUGUCCACUUCAGGCGGCGGCGGCGGAGCACCAGCGCUGCCCCCGACGCCUGGAUGGCCGCCUCCGCCGCCUCCCACAAGGCACACUACAGGCUCUCCGCCUUCGGGCAGCAGUUCCUCUUCAACCUGACAGCCAGCUCGGCUUUCAUCGCCCCGCUCUUUACCGUCAGCCUCCUGGGAGAGCCCGCCGCCCACCAGCGGCGCCUGUACGCCGAGGCGGCCAACGCCGACGUGAAGCACUGCUUCUACCGGGGGCACGUCAACGCCCGCCCGCGGCACACCGCCGUUAUCAGCCUCUGCUCCGGGAUGCUAGGCACCUUCAAGUCUGACGAUGGGGACUAUUUUGUAGAGCCACUGCUAUCACUCGAAGAACAGGAGUACGAAGAAGAGCACAAUAAACCACAUCUAGUCUACCGACACCGGACACCUCCAAUGAACUCUUCGGGGGACAGGCAGACUUGUGACACUCCAGAUCAUGAACACAGUCACAAAAAGAACAAGCGGAAACACUGGAGAAGAGAGUGGGCAGAAAGCAGUAUAUUAUCUGACGUGGAGAUGUUGAAGCACAGUCUGGAAGUUAAUUCAUUUUCUGCAGAUAGCAACAAGACUGGGAACAUCAUUGAAAAGAAGAGCCACAAACGAACAAAGCGGUUUCUCUCCUAUCCUCGGUUUGUGGAAGUGAUGGUGGUGGCUGACAGCAGGAUGGUUGCCUACCAUGGAGCUAAUCUACAGCACUAUGUCUUAACAUUAAUGUCAAUAGUGGCUUCUAUCUACAAAGAUCCAAGCAUUGGAAAUUUAAUUAAUAUCGUUAUUGUGAAAUUGGUGGUGAUACAUAAUGAACAGGAUGGUCCUGCAAUAUCUUACAAUGCCCAGACAACAUUAAAAAACUUUUGCCAAUGGCAGCAAUUGCAGAACCACCCUGAAGGAAGUCACCUUCAACAUGAUACAGCUGUGCUUGUUACCAGACAGGAUAUUUGUAGAGCACACGACAAAUGUGAUACUCUGGGUCUGGCAGAGCUGGGCACAGUCUGUGACCCGUACAGGAGCUGUUCAAUUAGUGAAGAUAACGGACUGAGCACUGCUUUCACUAUAGCACAUGAACUUGGCCAUGUAUUUAACAUGCCACACGAUGACAAUCAUAAGUGCAAAGAAGAUGGAGGUAAAAAUCAACAGCAUGUGAUGGCACCAACACUGAACUUCUACACCAACCCCUGGAUGUGGUCAAAAUGCAGUAGGAAAUACAUUACUGAGUUUCUGGACACUGGCUAUGGGGAGUGUUUGCUUGAUGAGCCUUCAUCAAGAACGUACACGUUGCCUCAGCAGCUUCCAGGGCUGAUUUAUGAUGUCAACAAACAAUGUGAGUUAAUUUUUGGACCUGGAUCUCAAGUGUGCCCGUACAUGCAGAUGCAGUGUCGGCGACUUUGGUGUAUCAACAUCGAUGGCGCACACAAGGGAUGUCGCACCCAACACACACCCUGGGCUGACGGGACAGAAUGUGAGCCUGGAAAGCACUGCCGGUUUGGGAUGUGUGUGCCCAAAGAGCGUGAGACACCAGUGAUAGAUGGAGCAUGGGGGACGUGGAGCCCUUUUGGGACCUGCUCAAGAACCUGUGGUGGUGGCAUAAAGACAGCGAUACGGGAGUGCAACAGGCCUGAGCCUAAAAACGGUGGGAAAUACUGCGUGGGGCGCCGCAUGAAGUUUAAAUCCUGCAACACCGAACCAUGCUCAAAGCUGAAGAAGGAUUUCCGGGAUGAACAGUGUGCUGACUUUGAUGGGAAGCACUUUAACAUCAACGGGCUGCCCACGAACGUGCGCUGGGUUCCCAAAUACAGCGGCAUCCUAAUGAAGGAUCGGUGCAAGCUCUUCUGCCGAGUGGCAGGAAAUACAGCUUAUUACCAGCUGCGGGAUCGAGUUAUUGAUGGGACGCCCUGCGGCCCUGACACCAAUGAUAUCUGUGUACAGGGCCUUUGCCGGCAAGCUGGAUGCGAUCAUGUGCUGAAUUCAAAAGCGAGAAGAGAUAAAUGUGGUGUUUGUGGUGGGGAUAAUUCUUCAUGCAAAACUGUUGCAGGCACAUUUAACACGGUGCAUUAUGGCUAUAAUGUUGUGGUCCGCAUCCCAGCUGGUGCAACCAAUAUUGAUGUGCAUCAGCACAGUUACUCAGGGAAGCCAGAGGAUGACAACUACCUGGCCUUAUCUAACAGUCAAGGAGACUUUAUAUUAAAUGGAGACUUUGUCGUCAGUAUGUUUAAAAGGGAAAUCAAAGUUGGGAAUGCUGUGAUUGAAUACAGCGGAUCGGAUAAUACUAUUGAAAGGAUUAAUUCUACAGAUCGGAUUGAGCAAGAAAUAACGCUUCAGGUUUUAUCAGUGGGCAAUUUGUACAAUCCUGACGUUCGUUACACCUUUAAUAUCCCCAUUGAGGACAAACCUCAGCAGUUUUACUGGAAUUCAUAUGGCCCAUGGCAGCCCUGCAGUAAACUCUGCCAAGGAGAACGAAAGAGGAAACCCGUGUGUACAAGAGAGUCAGAUCAGCUCACGGUGUCGGACCAACGAUGCGAUAGAAUUCCCCAGCCUGACCCCAUCAUGGAGCCUUGUAACACAGAAUGUGAAUUAAGGUGGCACAUCGCAAGGAGGAGCGAGUGCACGGCCCAGUGUGGGCUGGGGUACCGCACCCUGGAGAUCUACUGCUCCAAGUACAUCAGGCUGGAGGCGAAGAUAGAGAAGGUUGACGACCGGUUCUGCAGCAGCCAGCCCAAGCCCAGCACAAGGGAGAAGUGUACCGGAGACUGUAAUGUGGGAGGGUGGCGGUAUUCAGCCUGGACUGAGUGCUCCAAGAGCUGCGGUGGGGGCACGCGGCGGCGGCGAGCCAUGUGUGUGAACACCUACAAUGAUGUCCUGGAUGACAGCAAAUGCAGUCAGCAGGAGAAGCUGACAGUGCAGCGAUGCAGUGACUUCUUGUGCCCCCAGUGGAAGACUGGCGACUGGUCCGAAUGCUUGGUGACCUGUGGAAAGGGGCACAAACACCGCCAGACCUGGUGCCAGUUUGGAGAAGAUCGAUUAAACGACAGAUUUUGUGAUCCUGAAACAAAGCCGGAGUCAGUGCAUACAUGCCAACAGCAAGAGUGUGCUUCGUGGCAAGUGGGGCCAUGGGGCCAGUGCACGACAACUUGUGGCCAAGGCUACCAGAUGAGAGCAGUGAAGUGUGUUGUGGGCACCUACGUGUCAGUGGUGGAUGAUAACGAGUGCAAUGCUGCAACCAGGCCAACAGAUACCCAGGACUGUGAAAUAGCAGCAUGUCCUCCCCAUCCAAAUAGUCCUGAAGCCAAGAGAUCCCUAUCAGGCAUUCAUAGGACGCAGUGGAGAUUUGGAUCCUGGACACCAUGCUCCGCAACCUGUGGGAAGGGUACCCGGAUGAGAUACGUCAGCUGUCGGGAUGACCAGGGCUCUGUGGCCGACGAGUCAGCCUGUUUCCACCUCCCAAAGCCAUCAGCCACAGAAAUGUGUACUGUGACACCAUGCGGGCAGUGGAAAGCCUUGGAGUGGAGCUCUUGCUCGGUGACUUGUGGUCAAGGUAAGGCAACGCGACAAGUGAUCUGCAUCGAUUACAGUGACCAGCUGGUGGAUAGGAGUGAGUGCGAUCCAGACGACCUCCCUGCCACAGAGCAAGACUGCUCCAUGUCUCCUUGUCAUCCAAACAGCCAUGACUAUGGCAGGCCCAUCCACCCUUUCCUCUAUCCGGAUCAUCGCCUGAAAGUGCACCCUGGAGGCAGCCUGAACAGAAACCGUGCACAUAUACCAGGAGGCAAUCAGUGGAGGAUUGGUCCCUGGGGUGCUUGCUCUAGCACGUGUGCUGGGGGGUUCCAGCGGCGGGUCGUGGUGUGCCAGGAUGAAAACGGAUACACUGCAAAUAACUGUGAUGAGAAAAACAAACCCGUGGAGCAGAGAUCGUGCGAGUCUGGGCCCUGUCCUCAGUGGGCUUAUGGCAACUGGGGAGAGUGCACAAAGCCAUGUGGGGCAGGGACAAGAACACGGCUAGUGGUGUGCCAGCGCCCUAAUGGAGAAAGGUUUACAGAUCUGAGCUGUGAAAUCCUUGACAAGCCACCAGACAGAGAGCAGUGCAAUGUGCAGGACUGUCCUAGAGAUGCUGCCUGGAGCGCUGGUCCUUGGAGCUCGUGUUCUGUCUCCUGUGGAAGGGGCCAAAAGCACCGCAGUGUGUACUGUUUGUCAAAGGAAGGGAGACAUAUAGAAGAAGACUAUUGCAAGCACCUUGCUAAGCCCAGCAUGCAAAAGAAAUGCAGAGGGGGCAGAUGUCCGAAGUGGAAAGCAGGAGAUUGGGGACAGUGCUCGGUGUCCUGCGGCCGGGGCGUCCAGCACCGCGCCGUGCACUGUCACAGCGGCACCCCGAAGGCAGCCGAGGAGGCAGAGUGUGACCCGUCCAGCCGUCCCCCUCCGCAGCAGGACUGCCACCUCCCCGAGUGCCCCACGCACCGCUGGGCAGCCGGCGAAUGGCAAGCGUGCAUGAAGACAUGCGGGGAAGCAUCCCGGUACCGCAAGGUGUUCUGUGUGGAUGAGAACAAGCAACCGCAGAACAGUGGCUACUGCGAUGCCAGCAAACGCCCUCCCGAGAUGGAGAGCUGCGGGCUGCCACCCUGCGAGUACGUCUGGAUCACCGGAGAGUGGUCGGAGUGCUCCGUUACAUGUGGGAAGGGAUACAAGCAGCGCCUCGUGUCCUGCAGUGAGAUUUACACCGGAAAGGACCACUAUGAGUACGGGUACCAGAACACAGUCAACUGUCCUGGCACACAGCCACCCAACAUCCAGCCCUGCUACCUUGGGGAGUGCCCUGUCUCAGCAUCCUGGCGUGUGGGCAACUGGGGAAGCUGCUCUGUCACCUGUGGAGUUGGAGUCAUGCACCGCUCAGUGCAGUGCUUGACGAACGAUGACCAGGUCAGCAGCUUGUGCCAUGCAGAUCUGAAACCUGAAGAGAGGAGGACAUGCCACAAUGUCCAUGACUGUGAAUUACCAAGGAGUUGCAAGGACAUUAAAAAUCUCAAAGGUGUCAUUGAAGAUGGCGAAUACUUCCUUCAAGUCAAAGGGAAGACAUUAAAGGUGUAUUGCUCUGGGAUGCAGACUGACAGCCCCAAGGAGUACGUGACCCUUGUAAAUGGGGAUGCAGAGAAUUUUUCAGAAGUGUAUGGAUACAGAUUGCAUAACCCGACUGAAUGUCCGUAUAACGGGAGCAGACGAGAAGACUGCCAGUGUAGGAAAGAUUACACAGCAGCUGGGUUUUCCACCUUCAGCAAAGUAAGGCUGGACCUGAACACUAUGCAAAUAAUAACGACUGAUUUACAGUUCGCACGGACACAUGAUGGACGACCUGUGCCUUAUGCCACUGCUGGGGACUGCUACAGUGCAGCCAAGUGCCCGCAGGGUCGCUUCAGCAUAGACCUGUACGGGACAGGCCUGUCCUUAACGGGAAGAGCAAAGUGGCUCUCACAAGGGAAUUAUGCGGUGUCAGAAAUCCAGAAAUCCCCAGAUGGUACCAAAGUAGUAGGAAAAUGUGGCGGUUACUGUGGGAAGUGCACUCCAUCAUCUGGAACAGGCCUUGAUGUUCAGGUGUUAUAGCCAUGGUUGUCUGCAAGCGGAGAUGAGACGAAUGAAGGAUAGCGAUGCAAUACCUCUGCCUUCCACUUUUUUAUGUUUAUGUAUGUAUAUAGAUCGCAUAUUCUUAAUGUACAGGUUAAUAUUUAUGUUUGGAAUUAUUUAUUUUGAUUUAAUAUUUUUGUACGUAAAAUCAUUAUAUUAAGGCUGCUUUUCCUAUUUUUAUUUUUUAUUGUUAAAUCCUGCAGUCAAACCACUGCAUUUUGCGUACUCUACAUUAUAUGUAGCAUUAUGACAAGUGA